AUGCGUCUCGCUGCAGCACUGUACUCCCCAACCCACCCUUGGCUCGCAUGCUUGAAAUCAGCACAAUUGCAGCGCAUCGCGCGGGCAACGGGCAUCCAAUCUUCUGGUACGAAGGGUGUUCUCAUUGAGCGCAUUGCAGCAGAGUUGACGUUGCAUUCACAAUCGCAGACGCAGUUGCAGUUGCAGUUGUCGGCUGUCGCGGGUGGUGUUGCAGAGGGUAUCACUAGUAGUCCCAAUCCCAACUCCAGUGGCAGUGCUUGUGCCAGUGCUAGUGCCACUACCAGCCUAAGCCAAGAUCGACAGGUCGAUCCGCGGCUGGUGUCCACAAAAACUGGCUCAACCAAAACAAAGACAAAGACCAAGUCAGCAGGCUUGUCAAAGUCAAAUCCCGCACAACCAUGGAGCAUCCUCAGCAUCGAUAUGGGGAUUCAGAAUCUGGCAUUCGCGCAUCUGCGAGUGCCCCGCUCUGGGAUUCCAGGUGUCGGGAUGGAUGCAGCACACCCCCAACUGCCACAGUUAACAGCCUGGCACCGACUCGCUGUUUCGGAGAUAUCGAGUUUGAACCUAAUACCCGGGGAUAAUAUCAGCAUAGUCGAACGCAGUGGACCAAUCUCUGGGUCUGGUGAUGCCGCAGACUCAUCCCAAGCUAUUCUCCCAAUAGGAUCAGAGAAAGACCUGCCCGUCAAGAUGGCCAAAUCUACAAAAGAAAAAGACUCCUUUUCUCCAGACCUCUACGCUGCAAAUGCGUAUACCCUAAUCUCAUCACUCAUAGCUGCAUACCGCCCCACACACGUGCUCAUAGAGCGCCAGCGCUUCCGCUCAGGGGGCGGGAGUGCCAUUCUUGAAUGGACGCUGCGCGUUGGCUUGCUGGAGGGCAUGCUGUACGCGGUUCUACAUACGCUGCGGCAGGAGAGGGGCGGGGAAGUUGCUGAUUUGGUUGUUCGGAGUGUUGAGCCGAGACGGGUAGUCAGGUAUUGGCUUGAGGGUGGUUCUGGGAUAUCAGAUCCAGGGAAAGGAGAUGUGGGGGGAAAAUCCAAAAUCGAGGAAAAGGCGAAGGAGAAGAAACCCAAUGCGCGAGAAGUGAAGAAGGCUAAGAUCGAUCUUGUUGGACGGUGGCUUUCUGCUGCGAUGCGGAAUACCAAUUCUUGUCCAGAGACGGACGGGGCCAUUAAGAAACUCGAGGCGGGUAUUGCUGCCGACAGUAAGAUCGUGCUCGCGGAUAAAUCUGAGUGUCCUGCUCUGCAUGGUGUUGCGAGUGCGUAUAUGCGGAAAUGGCAGGGCCAGACGCAUACGUCGAAGAAGGGGAAAGGGAAGGGGUCUCGUGCCUUGAAGAGUGGAUCUCGUUCUCCAUUGCCUACAUCCCCCCAGUCCGAUACGGCGGACGAGGUGGCCGCUGUCGAUCUGGGGAAACUCGAUGAUCUGGCGGAUUGUUUGUUGCAAGGUGUGACGUGGGUUGAAUGGCAAAUUAUGCAGGAGCAGAUUGCGAGGGAAGGAGUUGAGGCGUUGGAUUCGAUACCGUAG